AUGGUUGGAAAAUGGCACCUUGGGGAGAGUGUUGAUAAUCAACCUACAGGCUUCGACUACUGGUCUGUUCUGCCUGGACAAGGCCUCUACUGGGAUCCCGACUUCAUUGAGCCCACCGGGGAGCGGGUCGAAUCAGGAUACGUGACAGACAUUAUCACCGACAAGUCUCUGGAUUGGAUCAAGUCGCGAGACCGCGAUCGUCCGUUCUUCCUAAUGUGCCACCACAAAGCGCCCCAUCGGUCAUGGGAAUGCGAUGACAAGCACAAGCACUUGUACAAGGACCCCGUGCGCUUGCCUGAUACAUUCACCGACGACUAUAAGAACCGCGCGAAAGCGGCCAAGAUCGCCAAGAUGCGCGUCGCUGAAGACCUCACCUACCAAGAUCUCGGACUCGUACAGCCAGAUGGCGGCCGCAGAGUUGGCGAACCUGUGCUGCAAGAAUUUGGUAGCAGCGAGCGCAAGGUUCCGGUCCCAGGUUCAAUUGCUGAGCUUCAAUCAAUGAGACUAAUUGACAAAGAUGAUGGCACUGUCUUUACAUUCAAAAGCCACGCCGAGUUAGCCGAAUUUAAGUUUCAGCGAUACAUGCAACGCUACAUUCGCACUAUCCAAUCGAUUGAUGAUAACGUCGGCCGCAUGUUAGACUACCUGGAUUCAGAACCCCAGCUAGCAGAGAACACAAUCGUUGUCUAUACCUCCGACCAAGGGUUCUUUCUAGGAGAGCACGGCUGGUUUGAUAAGAGAUUCAUGUACGAAGAGUCAUUUCAAAUGCCUUUUCUCAUCAGAUACCCGAAGGAGAUCAUUGCUGGGUCAGUGUGCGACGAUAUAAUCUGCAACGUCGAUUUUGCGCCCACAUGGUUGGACUACGCCAACCUCCCUGCGCCCUCAUACAUGCAAGGCACGUCCUUCCGUCCACUCUUGCAGGGCCGUACGCCGGAGUCCUGGCAACAGGUGGCAUAUCACCGAUACUGGAUGCAUAACGACAUUAUCCACCAUGCAUAUGCACAUUAUGGUAUACGUAACCAGAGGUACAAGCUGAUCUAUUGGUACAACGAGCCCUUAGACGUCCCGGGGGCGCGUCCCGGGGGCAAGGAGCAUAAAGAGUGGGAGCUCUUUGACUGUGACAAGGAUCCAUUAGAGCUGUUCAAUGUGUAUCAUGAAGGAGAAUAUCAAGGCGUGGUCAGGCAGAUGACUACACUGUUAGAGAAGAAAAUGGCGGAAAUUGGGGAUGAGCCUGUUCAUCCGAAGCCGCAAUGGCUGCUGGGUUUAGUCUUUGCUUGGCGGACUUUUAAGUACAUGUCUAUACACGCCGAUGGAAAACUCUUACCCCCGUUUGGCCAGGUUGAAGCAUUCCUGUUCAAGCUGUGCGUAACAGCCAUUGCUCACUAUGCCCUUGCGGCCUCUGUGCACUCAGAGAUGUCAGUGGGAACAUUGCAUAGAGAACGUGCUGAAGCAUUGUUGAGCCAGAUGACCUGGGAAGAGAAGGUUGGCCAGAUGGGUGGUAUCCGUCGGCUUCUAAAUACCGGUCCGGAGAUAGACGAGGAAAACUACGAAUACAGGCAAGCGGAGUACCAGAACGGCAACAUUGGCUUUGGUGCUACGCUCAACUGGGCCGAUGGCAUUCUUCCACUCACAAACGAAGUGCGACAGAGGCAAAUCAAUGAGAGUCGGCUUCAUAUCCCAUUCAUCACCGUUACAGACUCAAUUAACAGUCUCUACCUGUCCGGGGGUACUAUCUUCCCAAGUAAUCUGGCCAUGGCGGCUACAUUCAACAUUCCGCUGUUCAGCGAGGGCGUUGCUGCCCUUCGUGAAGAGCAAAUAGCAAUCGGCGUCUCAUGGGUUCUGUCUCCGCCACUAGACAUAGCGUGGGAGCCGCGGUAUUCCCGCAUCGGUGAGCUGUUUGGCGAGGACUCUUACUUAACUGGUGAAUUUGGCCAUGCCUAUGUCCAGACUAUGCAGGACAAAGACGAUUCAGGAAACAUCAAAGUCGCCACGACCGUCAAGCACUUCGUCUAUGGCGAGAGUCGUGGUGGGAUCAAUGCUGCCAGCAUGUAUGGGGGAAUCAACCAUCUUUAUAACGAUCAGUUGCGUCCUUAUCUACGGGCAUUGGAAGCAGAUCCCGCCGCUGUCAUGGUCUCUUACGCGUCGGUCGACUUGGUCCCAAUGUCGGCGAACAAGUAUCUCGUGCGGGACAUUCUUCGCCAAAGGCUUGGCUUUGAGGGUAUUGUUAUGUCAGAUGCAGGAGGCAUUGCACAUCUCUAUACUGAGUCUCGGCUGGCCGGCUCAUAUGCCGAGGCCGCGUUACUAGCACUGGAAGCUGGGUUGCAGAUGGAGUUGAGUCCCCAGUCUCCGGCUGUAUUCCCCACUCUUGUUGCAGCUGCAGAGGAUAGCCAUGUAGGGCAGUUGAUCGAUGAGGCUGUAUUAAAUAUUCUUCAGCUGAAGUUCGCAACCGGUGUUUUCGACAAACCUCUUCCUGACCCGGCCAAAGUGAACGAGACCCUGCGAACGCCUGCCCACCUCGAGAUUAGCCGCCAUGUCACCAGAGAAAGCAUCGUCCUGCUUCAGAAUGAUGGUAUCCUACCGACAACACCAUCAAAGGUGGCCCUUCUCGGCCCAUUCGCUGAUAUCCGUAACUACGGCUCCUAUGCGCCUGUGAACUCGAGUGACUCUCGGUAUGGCAACUCACUCUAUCAAAGUCUCCAAGCCAAGCUCGGUACAAGUAAUGUGACCCUGGUCCAAGGGGUCGACUUCAUUGACAUUGAUACCACGAACAUCGCAACCGCCGUGUCAGCCGCCAAAGAGGCCGGGCUUGCAAUUAUCGUCCUCGGCUCGCUCUCCGUCGGGACCACAGACCCCCUAGUAACCAAGCGGACCGACGGGGAGUUCUUCACGCACGCAAACCUGGGCUUCCCAGGGGCUCAACAGCAACUCCUCGAUGCUGUGCUGGACGCGUCAAUUCCCACGAUCCUGGUCCUUUCCGGCGGACAGCCUUUCGUGCUCAAUAAUUCGACCCUCCGCAGCAAUGCUAUUCUCCAUUCUUUCUUGGGCGGCGAAUUCACUGGCGAUGCUUUAGCCGAGAUCAUCAUGGGCGACGUCAACCCCAGCGGUAAGUUGCCGAUCAGUUUGCCACAAGAUACAUCUGCAACGCCAGUGUUUUACGAUUACCUUCCGAGUGACGAUACCGGCACAGCGGAUAGCAUCUUAGGAUUUCAUUCCACGUACCAGUUUCCUCUGCUUUCACGGUCUCCGCCGAUGCCAUUUGGAUUUGGCUUGAGUUAUACAGAUUUCACGAUCUCGGCCCCUAGGGCGAGAGCUAGCAAUAGCAGUGUUGAGGUGCGUGUGAAUAUUACCAAUGUUGGUCCUAUCGCUGGGAAGGAAGUCGUGCAACUAUAUCAUCGCCCGAACACGACGACAGGCAUCGAAUUCCCUGUGAAGCGCCUAGUGAGAUUUGAGAAGGUUGACCUACACGCUGGGGAAGGUAGAGAGGUUCGAUUUGUCAUUCCGCAUAAAGAUCUUGGAUACUAUGUCGACGGGGAGUUGCGUGUGAAGAGAGGAGUCUACUCCUUCUGGGCUGGCACGAGCUCGAGAACGGAGGAUCUGAAGCGCGUCAACGUGACAGUUCUUUAA